AUGCACCGCUGGCUCAGUCUCCCCACUCUCUGUCACUUCCUCCUCCUGGGGGCCUUCGCCACCUCCCAGAAAGCCCUCGGCGACCCAGCAUCCUACCGGGGCCCCCACUACCUCCUGCCCCCCAUCCACGAAGUCAUUCACUCUCGUCGUGGCGCCACGACCACGCUGCCCUGCAUCCUGGGCACCCUGCCUCCCAGCUACAAGGUGCGCUGGAGCAAAGUGGAGCCCGGGGAGCUCCGGCAAACCUCCAUCCUCAUCACCAACGGACUGCACGCCCGGAGCUACGGGGCUCUGGAGGGCCGAGCCAGGAUGCGGAGGGGGCAUCGGCUAGACGCCUCCCUGGUCAUUGCGGGCGUGCGCCUGGAGGACGAGGGCCGCUACCGCUGUGAGCUCAUCAACGGCAUCGAGGACGAGAGCGUGGCGCUGACCCUGCGCCUGGAGGGUGUGGUGUUUCCGUACCAGCCCAGCCGGGGCAGGUACCAGUUCAAUUACUACGAGGCGAAGCAGGCGUGCGAGGAGCAGGACGGGCGCCUGGCCACCUACGCCCAGCUGUACCAGGCGUGGACCGAGGGGCUGGACUGGUGCAACGCGGGCUGGCUGCUCGAGGGGUCCGUGCACUACCCUGUGCUUACCGCGCGUGCUCCGUGCGGCGGCCACGGUCGGCCUGGGAUCCGCAGCUACGGGCCCCGCGACCGGAAGCGCGACCGCUACGACGCCUUCUGCUUCACCUCAACGCAGGCAGGCCGCGUGUUCUUCGUGCCCGGGCGGCUGACCCUGUCUGAGGCCCAGGCGGCCUGCCGGCGGCGCGGGGCCGAGGUGGCGAAGGUCGGGCACCUGUACGCGGCCUGGAAGUUCUCGGGGCUGGACCAGUGCGACGGCGGCUGGCUGGCGGACGGCAGCGUGCGCUUCCCCAUCGCCGCGCCGCGGCCGCGCUGCGGGGGCCUCCCCGACCCCGGCGUGCGCAGCUUCGGCUUCCCGCGGCCCCAGCAGGCCAGCUACGGGACCUACUGCUACUCCGAGUAG